UUUUAGGUUAAGAUAUUAACAGUUGGAAACAUCUAACGUUAGCUUAAAUCUUAGCUGCGUUUGCAGGUCGGAUAACGUUAAUGGCAAAAUAUUUUGAAAGCUGGCUAUAACCCUGAAUGCUAUAUGUUCUAGUUAUAUUGCGUUUAUGUGAGUAACGUUAACUAGAUGAGUAAUGAAUGUAUCGCAAAUGUUUAAAAUCCGUAACGUUACAUGCGGCCUACAAAACAUAGCAGUCGUGAGAUGUGGCCGCCCCUUGCCAUGCUACUUUGACGUUAUCGCUAAUGUGUUAAAUAACGUUAACUAUGGAAAUAUUGACUACCGGUAAAUACUACAAAAUAUCUACAAGUCAAUUUUUAAUGGUUAUAAUGUUCAGUUUUGUAUCCGUAUAUGUAGUCAUUUAGGACCAAUCAAGACAAUAUCAUGCUAACAUACAAACGUGUAUUCAGCUAAUGUAUGUUGUUUUCUUGGUUUUGCUGCUCUUUUUUUUCUACCUUUUUUGGUUCUUACAGAAACCAACAUGCCUUAUCACCCUUGUUUGUUCUUUAUUAAGGUUGAGGUAUGAAGAAAGAAAAAGGCGGAAGACGUGUCAGAUGUGAAGUUGUUAUUGUUUGGCGCUGAUGCUGUUGCUGCAUGCUAAUGUUUUCGAUGCUGAAAAGAAGCGAUCAAGAUCUAUCCCCACUACUAGUGUUGUAAUGGCAGAUGAUAAAUGGGGGAAGAGGAGGAAAAAGAAGUCAUAAUGUCAAACUGAAGAAAGAAGAGAUGGAGGGUUGUAAUGAAGUAAUGAAGUUAAAGAAGUUAUGAAGUUAAGAUCAGAAGUUUUCCAGGGACUCACGGCCUGGCUCGAGGAGUGCGUCCCCUCGGGGUUCAGCAAAAUCCUCCAGCCGCUCACCGGCACGCUCAAAAGAUGGCUCCCGACACUCCAGGUCCAGAUCCCGAUCUCGAUCCAGAUCCAAAUCUAGGUCCCGUUCCCAUCGAAGCUCACGCAGACACCACUCCCGCUCUCGUUCCCGCUCCCACCGACGCCGAUCCAGGAGCCGAUCUCGUAGCUGGGAGUACCGCCGGCAUAGAAGCCAUAGCCGUUCCCCAAUGUCAAAUCGUCGCAGACACAUUGGCAACAGGGAAUUCCACGUCUCUAACCAAAGAACCCAGGCCAACCCAGACCCCAACAACUGUCUGGGUGUGUUUGGACUGAGUCUGUACACAACUGAGAGGGAUCUGAGGGAGGUUUUCUCUAAAUACGGCCCUUUGAGUGCCGUCAACAUUGUGUAUGACCAGCAGUCGCGUCGCUCAAGAGGCUUUGCCUUUGUCUACUUUGAGACCCGUGAGGACUCCAAGGAGGCCAAGGAGCGUGCCAAUGGGAUGGAGCUUGAUGGGCGCCGGAUUCGAGUGGAUUUCUCCAUCACAAAACGAGCCCAUACACCCACUCCUGGAAUCUACAUGGGACGUCCCACGUAUGGUGGAGGUGGUGGUGGUGGCGGCGGCGGUGGCGGCGGCGGUGGCAGUGGUAGCGGAGGUGGUGGUGGUGGUGGUGGGGGUAGUAGUAGUAGUGGUGGUUCAUCAUCGCAGCGUACCUCAAGGGACUAUGACAGGGGCUCCGUCAGAGGUUAUGACAGAAGUUAUGAUCGUGACUAUGAACGCUAUGACGACAGAGAGUACAGAUCCUACAGACGCAGAUCUCCAUCUCCUUACUAUAGCAGAGGGUACCGCUCACGAUCCCGGUCCCGGUCCUACUCGCCACGUCACUACUGAGCAGCGAAAGAAGAGUCAACAACAAUUUCAGUGUUAUUGUUCAGAUGCUUGUCUUUUUAUGUUUUUUUUUGGACCAUAUUAUAAAUGUGAUAUAAAUUCUGGAUUUGUUAAUGUAUUGAAGGUUUAAAAAAUGGUCCUAAAGAUGCAGUCUGUCUGAGCAAUACAAUGUCAGGAGUGAAUUUAUCGAUACCAAAUUUGUAGGAAGGAUUAGGUAUAAGAAUAAACUAAAAUGGCAGAAAAUGCGCUCAAGUAGAAAUGAACAAUGAUUCGGUUCUGAACCAGAAAGUUAUCACUUGUUCAUCGACUCGAGGCCUAACUUUUCACCUCACUUUGGGGGAAAUCUGUGAAGUAUAUUUUGGGUAUCCUUCUAACAGUUAACAAACGGGAAUACAAAAAAAACUUCUGAGUCUUGUUUGUUUUAUUGGCUCAGUAUUUUCUGUGGCAGUUUUAUUACUAUUUCUCAUUUUGCUGUUUGUAUGUAGUUGGUUUCUUAAACUGUCAGGAUCCCAGUUUCCACUGUUUUUAAAUACCAUGUUUCUUUUUCAUUUUGUGUUUUGGUGGAACGUACUUUCUUUGGGGUGUUGUACAUAAACAAUAAAAGAUUACUUGGGUAAUUUGCUCUGUUUAGUAACAGUGUGUAGUGUACUGUAAUGGUCACAUUGCCCCAUCAAACAAUUUGAAUGAUUUAUUUUUUCUUGACACAAAUAAAAGUAUUACUGCUUGGACCUUACGCAUGCACCGUCAUUCAUCAGCGAACUUCCAUAAUGAAUCCCUGUUGUGUCACAGUUUAAGUUUUUGGCUAAAUAAAGUCUUUUACAGAAUGAAAAAAUGUU